CUUUUUGAAUAAAUAAUGUACAACAUGAGGCAAUUUCAACGUAUAGGACAAAAAAAAGAAAAUCAGUAAAUAAAAAAUGAAGCAGUACCAAUAUAAUGCAUGUAAAAAAUACUCCAAGUGUGAGAAUAAUAUUGCUAGAGCAUCCAAUACGAGCUGGUCAACUUAUUCAUUAAUAAUUUUAAUUUAAUUACUUAAUAUAUGUAGCCUCUUUCUUCAUGCUAUAUAUAACACUUCACACCAUUAACUAAUCUCUAGUGGUUUAUUUUUCUUUACAAAAAAAAAAAUAAAAAAAAUCUCCGACUAAUUAAUGGCAGCAGAAGAAGAUGUUAUUGAGCUUAAAUGGGAAGGAAAAGUGAUUGCUAAACUGAACAAGGCCACACCACAAGAGGUGUGGCUUCUCCUAGAGGAUUUCUGCAGUUUCCACAAGUGGCUUCCAACAAUCGACACAUGCUACAAAGUCGUCGACGACGACGACGAGGGCCUCGUCCGCUACUGCGCCGCCACUACUCCGGCGCCGUCCGGCGGCGGCGGCGGGGGGGUUGUGAAGUGGUGCCAUGAAAAGCUCCUGGAUGUUGACCCGGUAGGUAUGAGAUUAAGCUAUGAGGUUUUAGACAACAACAUGGGAUUAAAGUCGUACAGGUCAACGAUAAAGGUAGUGCCAGCUGGAGUAAUCAACGGUGGAGAUGAAGGCACGGAUGGGUGCCAGAUCGAAUGGUCAUUCUUGGCUGACCCGAUUGAUGGUUUGAGUUACGAUGAAAUGGUUAAUUAUCUGGAUGUCAGUCUUCAAGGCAUGGCACUGAAUAUGGAGAAAGCAUUAUUGGAUUCCUCUUUAAUGGAAAAAAAAUAUUCCUCUUAAUGGAAUAAUAUGUAUUGGAAUUUAAAUGGAUUUCAAUUAAUUAUUGCCUUUAGCUGUG